CGGACCAACAGCCGUCCAUUAAGGGUAGGUUAAAGGUGCUUUUCUUACCGCCUUUUAUGCCUCUCUCCCUUAGGAUGAGAAAGGCAUAACAAGCGGGGGAACCCGCGAGCACCAAAAACCUACCUCUAAGUCCAACGUCGCUACAUCAGCGUCUUCCGCAUCUUCAUCUAGUACAGAAGAAACGACCUCUGCUGUUGGUGGUGCUACGGAUCGUCAGCAUCUUAGAAAAGAUCUUCAAGUGACGACUAAAAAGCGUAAGUCUACUUCUGCAACUUCUGGUCCUCAGGUGGCAGAGACGAGCGAGAAACAAUUGCCAGGAACCACCUCCUCCUCCACUACAAAGUCUACAACUAGUACUUCAACAACUUUAAAAACUACAUCUUCUACUAGUAAUGGAAAGAACAAUACGUCUACUACUACUUCUAGCUCGUCCAAGACGACUACUGCAAUUUCUGCUAAUACAAGUACGAGCGUUUCUGCCACAAGCAGCUCGACCAUCUCUGCGAACGUCGUUCUAGAUGAGGAUGUAGGUGAUCUAGAUGACCAAGCUCAAGUUAAGGUCAGCGUUUAG